GCAGCGAUUACUAACAUGGCACCCACAGUCCUCUUAGAAGACAGGCCGUCGUCAGGCCACUGGAUAUCACAUCCGGCGCCUGGGGAAGAAAUAUCAAUAACCGGCAUCUCUGGUUGCUUCCCCGAUUCGGACUCAGUGAUACACUUGCAAGAAAAUUUGUUCAAUAAGGUGGACCUCAUAUCAGACGACAAUCGUCGCUGGAAAUUAACUCACCCUGAGAUCCCACAACGUACUGGCAAAAUCAAUAAUAUCGAGAAAUUCGAUGCCUCUUUCUUUGGAGUGCAUUACCAGGAGACACACACCAUAGAUCCUAUGAGCAGAAUCCUUCUGGAGAAAACAUAUGAAGCUAUAAUCGACGCUGGUUUAAAUCCAAAUGAACUGUGCAAUACAAACACUGGUGUGUUCGUGGGCGGCUGUUUCUCGGAAUCUGAGAAGAUAUGUCUGUAUGAAAAAAUGCAUGUAAAUAAAUUCGGUAUUACUGGUUGCUCCCGAGGUAUGUUAGCUAACCGUAUAUCUCAGUGGCUUAGUCUUACUGGUCCUUCUUACACUGUGGAUACAGCUUGCUCCAGUUCUCUGUAUGCCUUGGAACACGCAUACAGAGCUAUACGUGAAGGUCGUUGUAACGCAGCCAUCGUUGGCGGAUCAAACCUCUGCCUUCAUCCCAACGUGUCUUUGCAGUUUUCUAGACUUGGUGUAUUAUCAGCCGAUGGAAGAUGUAAGACUUUCGACAAUAGUGCAAAUGGUUACGCUCGUUCUGAAGCAAUUGUUGUGUGUAUAUUGCAGAAGGCUAAGGAUUCAAGAAGAAUCUACGCCCAAAUACUCCACGCUAAGACUAACUGUGAUGGGUAUAAGGAACAAGGUAUCACUUACCCAUCAGGCGAUAUGCAGAAGUUACUCCUCAGCGAUUUUUAUGAAGAGUGUUCUGUUCCACCCAACACUCUCGAGUACGUAGAAGCUCAUGGAACAGGUACGAAGGUAGGAGAUCCCAUAGAGCUGGGCGUGAUUGGUGAUAUAUUCUGUGGGGGCAGAUCUGAUCCUCUAAUGAUAGGAUCGAUUAAGUCUAAUUUAGGACACAGUGAACCGGCGUCGGGUCUUUGUUCUGUUGCAAAGAUGUGCAUCGCGUAUACAACAGGAUAUAUUCCUCCAAAUAUAAAUUUCAAAGUUCCAAGAAAGGGGAUACCAUAUCUUGAACAGAAGAAAGUAAAGGUAGUGACGGAAAAGCAGCCCUGGGGCAGGGGUAUGUCUGGUAUCAACAGCUUCGGCUUUGGGGGUGCCAACGCUCACAUCUUGCUCAAAAACGUUGCAAGAACGAAGGUCAACAAUGGAAUACCUUCAGAUGAUCUACCUAGAUUGGUCUGCGUAUCAGGUCGCACUGAAGCAGCAGUAGCUAGGAUCUUAGAUGACCUUGAAUCGAGGACUGUUGACGUUGAUCUUGUUAGACUGUUACACGCUAUACAUGAUAAUGACAUCGGUGGACACAUUUUUAGAGGACAUUCUUUAUUGGGAUCGACACCAACGAAGAGCGUGUCACUUUCUAGAAACAUCCAGUACUUCUCCGGUGUUCGUCGUCCAGUGUGCUUUGUAUACUCGGGCAUGGGCUCUCAAUGGGCUGGAUUGGCUACACAGCUCAUGAGAAUACCCUUAUUCGCAGCUGAAAUUGAAAAGUGUCACAGGGCUCUACAGCCUAUGGGCAUACACUUGAUCGAGCUCCUAACGAAAUCAGACCCUAAGAUAUACGACAACAUCCUCAACUCCUUCAUCGGUAUCGCCGCUGUGCAGAUCGGUCUCACAGAUGUCCUGAAAGCUGUUGGAAUCGAACCCGACCUCAUUAUUGGUCACAGUGUGGGCGAGUUAGGUUGCGCUUACGCAGAUGGCAGUUUGACAGCCGAACAGAUGAUUCUGUCAGCAUAUUAUAUCGGUUUAGCGGCCACUGACACGACAUUUACUAAGGGAUCUAUGGCUGUAAUAGAACUUGGAUAUCAGGACAUAAAAACAAUUCUUCCAUCUGAAAUCGAAGUGGCUUGCCACAAUGAUGAAGGCUCGUGUACAAUUUCUGGCCCGGCAGAUAAAAUUAAGACUUUUGUUGCUGAACUGGUAGCAAAAGGAAUAUUUGCCAAGGAGGUACCUUGCAAUAACAUCGCCUACCAUUCCCGUCACAUCGCUGAAGCUGGUCCGACAUUACUGAAAAAUCUGAAGGUGGUAAUUCCAACACCAAAACCACGUUCAGAACGUUGGCUAUCCACUUCUAUCCAGCAGGACUUGUGGAAAAAUUCGAAAUCUGAGCUGUCCUCAGCUGAAUAUCACACCAACAAUUUUUUGAGUCCAGUGCUUUUCGAGGAGACAGCAAAAUUAAUUCCCGCCAACGCGAUCACUGUAGAGAUUUGCCCAAAUGAACUCCUACAGGCAAUUUUAUAUCGAUCUCUCAACAAGGAUGUCAUCAACGUUUCUCUUAUUGAUAGAAAAAACCAGGAUUACCUACAAUCUCUCUUCACGUCCCUUGGCAAAUUGUACGAAGCCGGUCUUAACCCUCACCUAGCCAACAUUUACCCGACCAUAAAAUUUCCCGUCUCGCAAGGGACUCCCAUGCUCUCACACCUGGUCGAGUGGGAACACAGUGAAGACUGGUUCGUAACAAUACAUGAAGCUAAAACUAAGAUGCAGUCUGGUGAGAUGACCGUGGCGACGUACGUCAAUGGUGAAAUGACCGAAUUCAUGGCCGGUCACGUGAUUGAUGGUCGCAACUUGUACCCCGCAACCGGUUACAUAUUGAUGGUGUGGGAAAGCCUCGCAUUGAUGAUGGGAGAGAUGGCUAUAGAAGUGUCCGUGGUGCUCGAGAACGUACGAUUCCAAAGAGCAACUCACAUCCCUAAACAAGGAAUGUUAGAGUUCAUUGUUAUGAUUCAUAAAGGAAGUGGACAAUUUGAGAUCGUUGAGAGCGGAGCAUCUAUUGUGACCGGACGUAUAUACGCCCAGAAGAACGUGGGACGCGAUUACCGCGUGCUUCCAGCUGAACCUGAAUCCAAAGGACCCAAUGAUAAGCAUUUACUUACCAAAGACUUCUACAAGGAGUUACGUCUAAGAGGCUACCAGUACAGUGGCCUCUUCCGAGGCGUAAUCGGUUGUAACGUGCAGGGUACCCGUGGUCGCUUAGCCUGGGUGAACAACUGGGUCACAUUUUUGGACUGUAUGAUGCAGAUGAAGAUAAUUACUAAAGACACCCGAGGGCUUUUCGUUCCGACCAGUAUUGAUAAAAUCAGUAUUGAUGUAAAUAUCCACUACGACAAUUUACCUCAAGUUGAUCUUGAUUCUCAAACACAGUCGAUUGAGAUUAAUGUGUAUCCUACUUUGGAUGUUAUCAGAGCUGGUGGAGUAGAAAUUCGAGGUUUACACGCGACACCGAUUUCAAGAAGGAUCCCUCUAGGUGUACCAGUUUUAGAAAAGAAUGUGUUCAUUCCCAACUUUGGAAAGGCGAAGAUGAAGAUUGAGGACAUUCUUAGAAGCAACAUCCAACUCGUUCUUGAAAAUAUACAAACUUACAAAUUUAAAAGUGUUGAAAUUGCUGACGAUGUGUAUAAGACUAAUGGAUUAGAACCUAUUCUGGACAAAGUAGCGGACGUCUUAGGUGACCUGCCUUUGAUACAAGCUGAAUUGUCUGUUUUAUCUGAGGAUACUAUUAAAAUGCCAUCAAACAUAUCUGUGGAAAAUAAAAAAUUGCCAGCAGAUAAUAGUAUUCUAAUACUUAUUGGUGCUAAUUUACUACAGAGACCUGAAGUACUAAAAAAUGCGUUAGCAGCUCUCCGUGACAAAGGGUUUAUCAUGAGUCGAGAAAAAGAACCCAUUAAUCCCAAAGAUUUUGCUGAUAAAUUCGACAUCAUCACCAUACAAGACACUGGCUUAGAGCACGUUGUCCUCUUCCGAAAACGUGUUCCAUCAAAACCGGCUAAAUUCGUCAAAAUUGUAACAGCCGAUCAAACAUAUGCUUGGAUAAACAAAGUUAAGGAAGAACUUAAAGUCGCACAAAAAGUUGUUUUAUAUUGUCAAGAUGAGCAAAUAAACGGACUGCUGGGUCUGAUUAACUGUCUUAGAAAGGAACCCGGUGGUGAAGUAUUCUAUGGUAUUUUAAUUGCCGAUCCUUCGGCACCACCGUUUAAUCCUGAUUUAGAAUUCUAUGAAGAUCAGUUGGAUCUGGAUUUGGCAAUUAAUGUUUAUCAGGAAGGUCAAUGGGGCACAUACCGCCACUUACUUUUGGGUGACUUGGAUACGAUUCAGGCACACCACGCAUUAGUAAACACAAUAACUAUCGGAGACCUCUCUUCACUUAGCUGGCUGGAGGGACCCAUCGGCGUGAAUUCAGAUUUGAAGAACCCAGAUAACGUUCUGAUACAUGUAUACAGCGCUGCUCUUAACUUCCGCGACGUGAUGACGGCAAUGGGUCGCGUGUCAGUCGACGCCGUUGCAAGUGGUAGACUUGCACAAGAGUGCGUACAAGGUUUCGAAGUCGUUGGCAGAACAUGCAAUGGUACUCGAGUUAUGGGCAUGGUGAGAAACAGCGGUAUGGCAAACAUGGUGGUUGCAGAUAAGGCACUCUUAUGGGGUAUUCCUGAUGAGUGGACUUUCGAGGAGGCUGCCAGUGUGCCGGUAGCUUAUGGAACUGUAUACUAUGCCUUGGUAAUGAUAGGCCAGAUUCAAAGAGGAGAAUCUAUCUUAAUUCAUGCCGGCUCUGGUGGUGUUGGUCAAGCUGCUAUCAACGUUGCUCUUCGUUAUGGAUGCGAAGUGUUCACAACUGUUGGUACUCCGGAGAAACGAGCCUUCAUCAAGAGACUUUUCCCGCAGCUUAAAGACAAUCAUAUCGGUAAUUCUCGUGACACAUCCUUCGAAGACAUGGUCAGGAAAGAAACGAACGGAAAGGGAGUGGAUUUAGUUCUCAAUUCUCUUGCCGAUGAAAAGUUACAGGCUUCAAUUCGCUGUCUUGGCUAUCGCGGCCGUUUCCUAGAAAUCGGAAAGUUCGACAUCGGCAACAACACGCCCAUCGGCAUGAGCUUUUUCCUCAAAGAGAUCUCCUUCCACGGUAUCAUGUUGGACUCCGUUUUCGACCAAGGCUAUGAAUUUAGAAAGAACCUUCAAGAUCUCCUGAUAUCUGGUAUAGAGAGCGGCGCUGUUCGUCCGCUCACGCACUGCACUUUUCAGAAGAAUCAAAUCGAGACCGCCUUCAGAUACAUGGCUGCUGGAAAACAUAUUGGAAAAGUGAUCGUUAAAAUUCGUGAUGAGGAACGAAAUGUUAAACUUACGAAACCGAAGAAUAUUCGCAUUGAAGCUGUUCCCAGAUAUAUGUGUAAUGAAGAAAAGGUGUACAUUGUGGUAGGAGGUCUCGGAGGCUUCGGCCUGGAACUCGCAGACUGGCUUAUUAUGAGAGGAGCCAGAAAAGUUCUGCUCACCUCGAGACGGGGUAUCAGUAAUGGUUACCAAUCAUCACGGUUGAGAGCGUGGGCUGGCUAUGGAGCUGAUAUACAAAUUUCAACUCAUGACGUCACAACAGAGGAAGGAUGUGAACAAAUGUUGAAGAUGGCGAACUCUAUGGGAACAGUCGAGGCGAUAUUUAACUUGGCAGUGAUAUUGAAAGAUUCCAUCUUCGAGAAUCAGACUCCGCAGACAUUUGCGAUAUCGUACGCACCCAAAGCUUUGGCUACGAUGAAUUUGGACAAGUUAUCACAGAAAUUGUGCCCAAAUUUGAAGGACUUCGUGAUAUUCUCAUCCGUGUCCUGCGGUCGUGGUAAUGCCGGUCAGACUAACUAUGGCUUUUCCAACUCCGUGAUGGAGAGGAUCUGCGAGAAGAGAAAGGCGCUCGGUCUUCCCGCUCUUGCUGUGCAAUGGGGUGCCAUCGGAGACGUGGGUCUCGUAGCAGAUAUGCAAGAUGAAGAUGUCCAAUUAGAAAUCGGCGGAACUCUCCAACAAAGGAUUUCCUCUUGUCUGCUAUCACUCGACAAGUUCUUGAAACAGGAUGCUGCGAUAGUGUCCUCAAUAGUAGUGGCCGAGAAAAAGGCUGGAGGUUCUGGAUGUGACAGCAUGGUGGAAGCAGUCGCGCAGAUUAUGGGUAUUAAGGAUUUAAAGAAAGUGUCUCACCAAGUACCUCUUGCUGAAUUGGGUAUGGACAGUAUGAUGGCAAUCGAAAUCAAACAGACAUUAGAACGGGAAUUUGAGAUAUUCCUGACGGCGCCAGAUAUUAGAACAUUGACAUUUGCAAGAUUAGAAGAAAUAACAGCUCAAAAAGAAGCGGCAGCAUCGACAUCAGCCGCAGUUCAUCAAGCGAGCUCUGAAGUUGCGGCUGGUCUUCAAAUCCUUUUGAGAAACUUUGGCGAUGAAAGUUCUACCUCCGAACCUUUCAUAUGUAUGCCCUCUUUAGUUAGCGAUGACUUGAAGAACGAUGUAUCAGUUCCUGAAAAUGAUUUGGUACUGGUCAUGCUGCCCGGUAUCGAAGGUUGUGCUGCGGGAAUGGCGGCCUUAUGUCGUAGGCUUAAGAACAAGAAUUGUGUCCUGCAGUUCGCCAAUAAUGAAGAGAAGCGGGACACUUUAGACUCUUUAGUCAAUAGGUUAUAUAAGGUAACAAAAUCAAAAUUAACUCCCGGAAGUCCUUACGUACUCCUCGGAUACAGUUUCGGUACUUUACCCAUGUUGAAACUGGCGAGCCUAUUGGAAAGCGAAGGUCACAGCGGCACAAUAUUCUGCUUAGAUGGUAGUCCUGAUUACCUCUACGGGAUAGCGACUGCAACAAUGUCCACCAAAAACGAAACCCAGUUACAGAACAGUUUGAUUUGUAAAACUAUCAGCAUGGUCUACCCUAAAAGUGAAAUCAAUGACACACUCAUGGAGAAACUUAACGAAAUCGAAUCGUAUGACGAGAGAGUUGAUUACGCAAUAAAGGUAUCUCCCACACAACUGGAAUACUCCGAUAAAUUUAUAAAACAUGUUGCAACUGGUAGUUUUGACCGUAUCAAAAUGAUUCUUGGUCAACACGAAUGGAAAAAGAUCAAGGCUCCAAUAGUUUUAUUGCGUCCGAAGGAAAAUCCACCGUUCUUGGUGAUCGAAGAGAAUUAUGGUCUGGACAAACUGACUGAAGGUCCCGUGACGGUACAUCUCGUCGAAGGUAACCAUGCCAGUAUAAUUGAGAAUAAGGAUUGUGCGACUAUUAUCAAUAGAUUUUUAGCUGAACAAGAUGGCACUAAGACACGAAUGUUAUAACAGGCAUAAUGGAACUGUAAUAUUAGUGGAAGAUUGACUAUGGUAAUUAAUGGGUAUCAAAUCUUGAAUUUAAAUACUUUAUUAAUUAUUAUUUAAUUAUAAUAAUGUAUUACCUAACAGGUCCUAUUGUGCUAUAAGUCUUAAAUUAUUUAAUAAUCGCUUUUAAUUAAUCAUUCUAUACAAUAAAUA